AUGUCGAAUGACAGCAACACGCAAUCACAUCCACAACAAUCGAGAACAACACUUCAACCAUGUUCUGAAAUUGAACUCUCCUCUCUGACCUUAGAAGAAAUAAUUCUUGCCAUUCAAAAGAUUGUAGAUGAUGCACAAAAGAAUCCUGUUAUUUUCUUUUCUUCACUUUCUUCCUCUUCUGCCAAGACUUGUCAACCCAUCACAAAACUCACAGAAUUUCUCCUAUUGCUAUUAAUAUUGCAAGUUGUUCCUUCAUACGUUAACAAGUGA